CACCACGUACACCUUUCAAAUACACUGUUUUUAUUUUUUAACGUGUAGUUUUGUGUGAAAUAUCCAAACAAUCUUUUCUGAUUUUUACUAAUAACAAGUUGGACAUGAAAUGUGAGUGGUGCAAAGUGCGUAGGUGAAACAUUUUUCAUUUAAACGUUUGUUAGGAUUGGAAUUUUUUACCAAGAAAUAUCAAUUACCAUGAUACUAAGAAAUUGCUUGAUAUUACUUUCCAUCUGGCUGAGCCUGUCGACUGUUAUUGAAGGAAUUGAGAGCGAAAGAUGGUCAAGACAAACAGCAAAUAGUGAAUGGAUUCCAUUAACUCGCCCACGAGCUCAGCAGUCUCAAUCGCAAAUACCAGUCGCACUUAAUCAAGCUCAAUUACCUGCUCUUCAGUCAAUCAAUUUAUCACCCGCAUUGCGUCAAGAAUAUCAACAACAGUUGUUGCAAUUGCAGAAGACGCAGGAGAGUAUCAAUAAAAUUUUAAUGUUACAACAACAAGUGCGGGCUCAACAACAACUUCUUCAGAACCAAGCUUAUCUUCCAAAUGUCGUUGGUCCUGAUGAUGAAAGACAGCAAUUCCGUCCGAAUUCAGUUCCAAAUGGUCAACCAUUUACAGCAAGUAACCAGGAAGGCUUAGUGUCGUCACCACAACUUUCUUCGGAAGCUCUACCAUCAGUCUACUCAGCGCAACAAUUUAAAUCGCAUUCAGAUCAAGAAGUCCAGGAAAUUCCAUCUGGUUCAUCGAGCACAGAAGAAAAAGGAGAAAAUUCCGAUGAAGAGAUUCAGGUGGUCUACGUGCCAGCGGAAACGCUUGCGCAACGAGGCCAAUCGAAAGAGGAAAGAAACCGCGACCACAAGCAGUUUUCAAUUCCACAACAACAGCAACAGAGAUAUCAGGUGGAUCAGAUUGGAGCAACUGGUUCUGGUGAAGAUGGUUCUUAUACUCCCCAGUAUGUACAUUUUCCACGUGGACAGGAAGCUGAACAAUUUUUCAAAGAUGCACGACAAAAGGAGCUUGAUAGACUCAAUGAAGAGCGUCAACAGAUUCAGAAACAAGCGAAUAUUCAUGCAGCAGCACGAAUGCGAGAACAAGAGAGAGCUCGACAAAGAGAGGCUGAAAAAAAACUUCAAGAAUUAGCUAAAAUAGAAGAGUUAGCAAAACAACGAGAAUUGGAAAGAAUACGAGAAGCAAGAGAACGUGCGAGAAUAGAAGAAUUAGAAAGAGCAAGAGAAAGAGCAAUGAAAUUGAAAGAAGAGAAAGCAAAACAAGAAAUCGAAAGACUAGCAGCUGUAGAACGCCAGAAGAAUGCUGUUAAAGAAUUGGAGAAGUUAGCCAAACAGGAGGAAGAAGUAAGAGCUAAAGAAUUAGCAGCUAAGAAACAACACCUUCAUGACCAAUCUGAUGAAAUAAAUCACCAUCAACAUCACACAGAAACAACAAAAUCUAAAAACUCUAGACUUCGCAAUAAAACACGUCCAAGAGUUCAUCAUAAAACUCACGAAGAGUAUGAGCAGAACCAAGAAUCGUCAACUCUCCCACCUCCCAAUCAACCUCCACUUGCAGUUUUCAUGGGGUCUGAUUUAGAGGCUCAAGAAGUUAGAGUAGUUGAUGUACUUCGUGUUUUAAAAGACUCUAAAUCGAUUGCAGUGUUAGAUCAAGUGACUGCUGAUACUCCCAAAGUUUUCGUGGGUCCUUCUAACUUGGGUCCUCCUCGUGGAUAUGUUAAAUUUGAUCUUCCAUAUUUAUCUUCACUUGAUACCAAUCGAGUAGAACGUCGAGUUGAUAAAAUACCAUUCUUUGUGGCUCCAUUAAGCUUCAAUCCUCCUCAAGGGUACUCCAAAAUUCCUUUCCCAGCACCUCAUAUUGGAUCUGUAAUUGUGAAUAAUCUCGAAGACGGUGGUGCUUCUUUUGGAGAUAAUCGUAAACCAGUACCUAAUCCUCUUAUUGAACCUAAUUCAUUUAUUCCUCCAACUGACCAAGGAUCUACUCCUUAUCAAACUUAUGAGUCUUCUACAGCUUCUCCUUACUCUCCUUACACUCAAGAGCAAGCUACCCCUCAAUAUUCCAGUCCAGUUUAUCCUUCAACCCACGAGGAUAGAUACAAAUAUCGACAACAACAAUACGAACAAGGCGGAAUCCCCAACUUGGAAAGUCAAGAAUCCCCAUCGAUUUCUCCUUAUCAAGAAGAAGUUACUGCGGCUCCACGACCUCAGGAAUAUUCUGAACAAACUUACUUGAGCCAAGUAACUCCUGAUGGUUAUCAGAGACCUAAUGUAGUAUCAUCCUUUAGUUACAGUCAAAAUCCAAUCUCCACAACUCCAGUCUAUCAAGACAGUUAUGCUCACACUCGAACACAACCUAAUAAGGAUCAAGAACUCACUUCGCAAUUAGCACAGAUUAAUCAGCAUGAUUACUCGCAGCAUCAACAUACCGAAAAUUCAUAUAUUCAUCCAAGCCAACAACCUGGACUGAGUCAUCAACAUCACUUAUAUCAAAUUAGUCCUAACGUGCAGGGUUCUUAUGAAGACCCAUCACAAUCUGGUCCAAAUCAGUAUAACCUCCCAGCUGAACUACCUCCAAUUCAUCCUCAACUUCCCGGUUUGGUUAAUUCAUUACUCGAAGGAAAGGAUGCUGAUAAGACUACGACCAUCACUACAACUACUCCAGAACCAACCACCACUACAACUACAGAAGCCACAACAACGAAUUACAGAACUCGAGUAAGACAACGAGGUAGAAUCGCUUCUCGACCAACUACAUCCACAACCACUUCUUCACCAGGAAUUACGAAGAGUUAUGAGAGAACUCGUCGGCCAUUUAAUCGAUCUAGAUCAAGAUACACUACUUCUACCACUGAGGAGUACCGAGAUACAUCCUAUGAGCCUACUAAAGCUAAAGUACCUGAUACCACGCAAAGAUAUAAUAAUCAAGAACAAUAUCGCCGACCGGUUUCGACUAGAGCACAAAAAUUAAAAAAUCGUGGUGGAGAUCGCAACUCUUAUGAAACUACGACUUUGAACCAAAUUCCAAGCCAAGAAACUUUGUCAGACGAAGGAAGCCUCCCAGAAGACUCAAAUAAUGUACGUCAGUCGACAUAUUCUCACUAUAAUGUUCAAGUUGGAACAGAAAGCCCUUCGGCUUAUCUGCAUGAAGGAAGCAUGGAAACCUCACCCAUCUCUUUCAGUACAGAGAGAGAUUACUCGAAGAUCCCGAAUUAUCCAUCUUUGUCUUCGUCACAUCGAAAUGAAAAGGUGGGCGUUAAUGCCGGAAUCUCACAACAACGUUAUCAAGAUAAAUACCACGCACCAGCUUCAGGCUAUUCAGAGAAUUUAGAAGGUCAAACUGUUGGAUUUGAAUAUGAUACUAGAGAAGGUGUUCGAGACUCAACCCCAAGUAUUCUUUCAUCGCCAGCAGAUUAUAAUUAUUACCAAGAUAAAAGUGAAAGUGCUGAACCUGGUGUUCAAACAGCUGCGCCAGUUUACUCUCAGAUCUUAGAAUAUAGACCAGGCACUAGACCAGAUAUGGUUGGGCAAACUCAAGAAACUGGUGCACUUAUUGAUGAUACACAAGGCCUAAUCAGUACAGCUAUCACUGAACGUGAGCUUGAAACUACUACGGAGUUACCUCUUACGACAACAACCUCAGCUCCUGUUAUCCUUCGUCAGAGAGUUCGAGCACGUUUAGGUGGCCGUCCUCGACAAGAUUCUGCAAUCCAGACUCAACCUCGUGGGCCACAAGAAGAAUAUGUACGUUUCAGUGCAGUAAAUACACCAAAUCGUUCUUCAACAACUAAUCGUGGAAGGGAUCCAACUCGUCCACGACCAAAAACACGACCCAAUUAUUAUAAUCAAGCUCAAGUGCAAAGUGAAGGAAAUGAAUACGUGAGGAUACAAUCAGCCAACCGACCAUACCCAAAAACUAUUGUACAAGCAGCUGCACCUAGAACAACGACAACAACAAUUGCACCGCUAACUACUACAGAAGACUCUUCACUUCAAGAUGACGAUGAAUAUGGAUUCAUUCGUCCUCCAAGUUUUAAUCAACCCCACCAUCAGAUCAGUAGCAAAUUCCGAGCUCCAGAUUCACAGAUUCAACUGCAGAAUGUUGGGCCAACUGACGAAACGGCAGAGGAUUCAAGUCCAACCUAUAGUCAAGUACCUAAACAUCGCCAAAAGUACCAAUCGCCACACCGACCUCGACCUACAAUCAAAUCAUCCACAUCUCCAAUCACCACUCUACCACCCACUAGUCCAGAAAGUUCUUCAUUUACUACAAAACCUCGAGUGAGAGCUGAAGAGCCAAAGAAUCGACUUAAAGUUAGAGGUCGUAGACCUUUGCGAAGACGUCCAACAACAACAACAACAACAACAACUUCAACAACUGAGUAUAUUUUAGAAGGAAAUAACAAUUUACCAUUAGAAGAAAAUUAUCCAAAGGUUCCAAUAAAUCCAACAGCAGGAAGCAUUGAAAAACAACUCUACGAUUCUAAUUAUGAAACCCUUCCACCAAAUUCCGGAUCUCUAGGGGGGCCAAGCCGUGCAGAUUAUGUUGAUGAGAGUUAUCCAACGCAGGAGUUCAUGCUCAAUUUUGGAGCAAGUUCCUUAAUUGAAGAGCAACAGGAUCAAAGUCAGUCCAUGCAUCAUCCCGGUCACAAUUAUCACGUAGCUUCGAAUUAUCGACAUGACAGUUCUGGAUCGAGAUUAAGACCUUAUUCAAAUCAUGCUGUUGCACCUGAACAUGACAUUUAUGGAUCUGAAAGUCAGUGGUCUACUAAGUUAACUAAAUCAUCAUUCCAACCGAUCAAUCAACUCAAUCAUGAUGAAGAGCAGAUGCGGGAAGAGAAACAAUACCAAGGUCAAGAUAAAGAAAAUGAACCGGAAAUUAUUACUGCAAAACCAGAAGAAAUUAUGACUGUUAUAGUCACAUCUGAUAAUGAAACAAAUAUUACUAGAAAUGAUUCUUCUGAAAUGACCACUGAGUCAGCAGAUUCUGGUAUGAAAAUGUCGGCAGUAGAAAUGAAACCUGAGAGUGGAGAAAAUGUACCGCAAAGAAGAAGGCUGGGAGGAAGAAGAAGGCGAGUACGAGUUCGUGUGCGUCCAGCACAAAGCGAUGAUUUCGUAACAGCAGAAUCGCAAAAUUUCAAUUCAGCAGUAAAUAAUUUAGUUCAAGAUCAAAUAAAAUAUACAAUUCCUGCUACUUCAUCAUCAGAAUUUAUCCAGAAAACGACUGAGAGUGUAGAGAAGCAACCGAGCACAACAAACUAUUCGGAAAUUUCGAAUGGCGACGAAUCGAUAACACCCUCCGACUCGACGACUAUCAAUUACACUGAAAUUCCAGAGUACACCAAGCAAUUAGACGUUUCUACACUACAACCAGUAAAUAAUGAAGAAAGUGUAGAGACAAAAUCCCCACAAGUGACAACAACCACUGAGAAUUCACAAACACAAUUUGAUACAACUUUGAAUGAUAAUUCAACAGCCACGUCAUUGACGACUACGCUGUCAAUACCAAGAAAGUCUUGGGAUUCUUUGACGGCUUACAAUGUAUGGUUAAAGAAGAAAAUGGAAAAGACAUUAAUUUCCGGCGAUAAUGAAUUUAAAACUGGUGAUAAAGACGGUAAUGAAGAUACCAAAACCUCCAAUAAUCAUUCAGAAGAAAAUUCUCAUCCCAAAAAUCAUCGAAGUGAAUGGAGUGAAGUGAGGUAUCCAUCAGAUCGCAAUAUUUAUGGAUAUGGAAGAUCAGAGAAAACAACAACUACAACUCAAGUUCCUGGUCUUGUUACCAAACCAUCAGGUGAUGUUAAUGCACUUUCAGACUAUGUUCAAGCUAUUUUUGAAUCAAUGAAAACCGCCGAUGAAGAACGUGCAAUAAUUGACAAUGCACCAAACCUCUGGAAUGAUGAAACUAAAUCAACAACUCAAGUGUAUGAUUUUCCAUCAGCUUUGUCAACUAUUAUAGGUAUAAAGAAAACUUCAAGCGAGUCUGCUGAAGAAGAUAAAGACUUUAAGGCUGAGAAUAACGAAGAUGUAUCGGCUUUGUCGAAUGACGAUGAGAAAGAAGGUAUAAAUAAAGUCACAGAAGUUUCUCCAACUCCUACAGAAUCCACAAGUUCGAAGGAAGAACCUACAACAUUAUUACAAACAUCAACUGAGGCUUUGACAAGUGAUUCCGGUAUUUCAACCACAAUAGAUGCAUCAACAACAAUUGAACCCACUACCAGUACUGCUAAGAAUGCAGCAGAAAUGCUUGGAGCAAUUCUCAGGACUUCGACAUCAACCAAAGUCUCUCAUAUGACUGAAAUUUGUUAUCGUGGUCGCUGUGUUAUGACUAAACCAAGAAAGGAUUUUCAUGAAAGAUGAUAAGGCAGUCUUAUAACCAAUUUCUCAUCAUCAUUAGGCGUCGUUAAUGAUAAUUAUCAUUUAUAUAAAUUAUUUAACUUGUAUAAAUUAUCACUUACCUUUCUCUAACUAUUUUUUAUUUAAUUUUAUUUAUUCGACGCCUCGUCAAAAUUACACAAAGCCAUCAACAAGUCAUUGGUAAUGUCACGUCAUUAUAUUUAUCAACAUUAAAUUGUACUAAUCGAUUUUCAUCACACCUUUCGCGUAACUGUAUAUUUUACCUGAAUUAUUCAUGUGACGUUUUUUUUUCCUCUUUCCCACGCAACCGCCUUUGCGGGUAAUAACAAACGCAGUUCGUUGUGUGAAUGAUAAAAUUUGCAAAAUGCAUGCGUACUAGUGCUACGACAUUGUCAUUUAAAGUGAGUCUUUAUCAUAGUAAUUAAUCAUUAUAAUUAAUGUAUUUAUAUAAUUAAUUAACUUGGAUAAAUCAAGUAUUAAGUGUAUUGAAUCGACGAGAUUUUACUUAAAUAAAAAUAUUUUUAAAAAAUA